UGGGCCCCGAGCGCGAUCAGUUGCCUCCCAUCCGCCAAGUGCACAAGGUCUUCUCUUCUCCCGGAGAGUUUUGGCGCUCUAUCGCUUCUGGCCACGAAUUUGCCGGUGCGCUCCAUACAUUCACCCCGCCGCGUUCUCGAGUGUGCAGAGCUGAUAUUUUCGCGAAAGCUGUGGCCGCGCAGUGUGUGACUCAAAUUGGAUAUAUCGCACCAUAUCGACCCGAAAAAAUAAUGUCUGACGUGAUGGAAAUUGAGCAAAUUGUGGAGACAAAGCCAAAAAAGAUGCCAAUGUCAACAUCCCUGGACAAGGAAUCCAUUCGCGAGGCCUACGAAGACGUGCGGUCAGAUCUGUCGGACAGCGACUGGUGUGUCUUCAAAUACGACGGCGUGCGCAUCAUGCACACGGCGUCUGGCACGGACUUCGAUGAGUUCAAGGGACAAUUCACGGACGGCGAGCGUGCCUUCGGCUACCUGCGCGUGCAGAUGGGCGACGAGAUGUCCAAGAGGCGCAAAUUCCUCCUGCUCACCUGGAUCGGGCCGAACGUGGGCGUCCUGCAGCGUGCCAAAAUGUCCACAGACAAGGCAGUCAUCAAAGAUGUGAUCAACAACUUCGCUGUGGAACUCCAGGCGGAAUCGCAGUCCGACCUGGAUCUCGACGCCUUCCGGGAUGCCCUGAACAAGGCCGGCGGCGCCAAUUACGGCACAGGCAUUCGCAACUGAGCCGUCGAGUCAUUUUCCGCCUCUAUCUUAAUGCUUUGUGUAGUAUUAAUUUGUAUAAUUCUGAAGCCGCGAAAUCGUGAAUGUUCAAUAAAGUGUAAUUUGUAAU